UAUGCCCUGUCAGAAAAAUUGCUGAUCUGAUGCGGCAGACAAUAGAAAUGGGUGAGAGUAACUCGUGUCUGAUUCUUGGUCCCCGUGGAACCGGAAAGACUAUGCUUGUUCGCAAGGCAUUGAAUGAAAUGGAGAAUCUAUUUGGAGCUGCACGGAUAACAGAAGAGACAGACCAGGAUAUGGCUGUUGAUAAUGAGGCUCGCAAAGACUUUAUGGUGAUCCGUCUCAAUGGGCUUGUACAGACAGAUGACAGGAUGGCUUUAAAAGAAAUCAUGCGUCAGCUAUCACGAGAAGGGGAGUCUGGAAUGGCUAACAGCAAUGUAUCCUUUGCAGAUUCUCUUCCCUCACUACUCUCAUUCUUGAAAAGUGGAACCAGGGAUCAAUAUCCAAUCAUUUUUGUUAUGGAAGAAUUUGAUCUGUUUGCUCAACACACAAAGCAAUCCCUUUUAUACAAUCUAUUCGAUAUUGCACAAAGUGCAGAGUGGCCAAUUGCUGUCAUCGGGGUAUCAUGCCGUAUGGAUGCGUUAGAGCUGCUGGAGAAGCGUGUUAAAUCAAGAUUCUCGCACCGACAAUAUUAUACAUUCCCUCCAGAGAGCUACUAUGAUUUUAUAGAAAUUUGCCAGAAUAUGCUAUUGCUUUCCCUAGAAGAUAUGAACAUUGAGCUCGAGGAUGGUGUCUACGUGGGCGAAGAUGUAAACGAAAAAGAAGCUUUCAUAAACGAGUUUAAUGAUCAUGUUAAGAUGCUCUUUGAUGACAGUGGCUUUUCCAAGAUCAUGCAGAGAAUAUUUGAUCUGAUGAAGGAUAUCCGUGGGUUCUUUCGUUUGUGUUUUGGACCAGUGGCAAGCCUCUCAGAGACAAACCCCUAUUUGCGACCUCCACAAUUUUACGAGUCUGGCCUACAACAGCGUGUUGACAACAAGACAGAGUUGUUGAAAGGCAUAUCUUUACUUGAGCUUUCAUUAUUGAUUGCGAUCAAGCACCUUGUGGAGAGAGAGAUUGUCUCAUUCAACUUCGAGAUGGUUUAUGAUGAAUACAAGGAGUUUAUGGAUAUGGCAGUUUUGAAGGGAGCCUCUGGCUCCAGCUCUUUAACCUUAGGCAGUGGAGGAUCAAUUGGAUCUACUGAUAGUGUAUCAUUGCGCCUCUACAAGAAGGCCGUCGCAUUAAAGGUGAGCAAAUGAGGUCGAUUGGAAUCAUGGAAAUAAUAAUAACAAUACUAGUAACUAAGGUUUCGUUUCCAGGCAUUUGAACACUUGGUGGAAACAGAGCUACUACGACCAGCAGAUGCCUCUGGCAAGGGUCCGAAAGAAUAUCGGAUGAUGCAAGUGAUGCUUGACUCGAGCCAAAUCGCAGACAUUGUACU